GCAAGGCAGGCCUAACCUUGCGAUCUACCUACUACCUGUUUGGGAAAUAAUUUUCCAAUAAAUUGAAAACUGCAAAAUUUCACAGCUCUCAGGCUUAGGUAUUGUAAAGAAGAGGAAAUAUGUAAUUUAAUAAGGCAUUGGUUAAAAACUCUCUUUAGAACUGACACUAAUUGCAAUUUUCCAGUGUCCACUCAUUUGUAAUUCUAUAAUAUGUACCAUGAAAAUGAUGUACUUGUGAAACUGUUCCCAUGUUACUUCAAAAACAUUUUUCUCCUAAAUGUAUAUUCUUUUCAACUGAAAUGUUAAUUAUUUUAUUUUAACCCUCAACAGUUUUAAAUGGUAACGUAAGUGACAGUUUACUCUUUGUAUUCCUCCUGGGCAACAACACAGAGCUCUAUCUGAACACACACACACACACACACACACACACACACACACACACCCACAUGAAAACAGAACUCAUUGUUUUAUAUUACAGAACACAUUUUACAGAACUUAUUCAGUACAUUUAGGAGAAUUCUGUAGAAAAUAAAGAAUUCCGUGAGAACACGUGGUGGCGCUGCAGGUUAAAUGAUGGAAAACAGAAUUGCCUAUGCAGCUCCAGUAUCCAGCCAAACAGUUCACACUGCCCGGAAGCUCUGAACAAUUUUCUUAGUCACAGCAGAAGUGAAUCUGGAAUCUCUUUAAAACUCUAUUCAGUGGCAUAGUUUUGAUAUCUGGACUGCAGUGCCAGGCUACCAGGAUCCCAGGCAUACAUGAAGCUUCUCUGAAUGAAAUUUUCAUGAAGAGCAAUGGAGAUUGGAUGGAUGCAUUAUCUGAGACAAAGGCAAGUCCUUGUUUUCUUUGUUUUGCUGAGCAUGUCUGGGGUGGGUGCUGAGUUAGAGCCCUAUUCAGUAGCGGAAGAAGUGGAGAUAGGCUCCUUUGUGGCAAAUCUAGGAAAAGAUCUGGGGUUGGGACUGACAGAGCUGUCCACCCGAGGGGCUCGGAUCAUUUCUCAGGGGAACAAAGAGUAUUUGCAGCUCAAGGUUCAGACUGGGGAUUUGCUCAUAAAUGAGAAACUUGAUCGAGAAGAGCUAUGCGGUUCAACUGACCCUUGCUUACUGUAUUUUCAACUGUUAAUGGAAAAACCCUUAGAGGUAUUUCAGGCUGAACUGAGGGUGGAAGACAUAAAUGACCAUUCUCCCGUGUUCACUGAAAAAGAAAUGAUUCUAAAAAUACCAGAAAACAGUCCUCUAGGAAUUGCAUUCCCUCUGAGUAAUGCUCUGGACUUGGAUGUAGGAAGCAACAAUGUUCAAAACUAUAAAAUCAGCCCCAAUUCCCAGUUCCGGGUUCUAACCCGCAAACUCAGUGAUGGCAGAAUGUACCCCGAGCUGGUGUUGGAAGAAGAGCUGGACAGGGAGGUAGAGCCUGAAAUCGUAUUAACCCUGACCGCGCUGGAUGGCGGCUCUCCACCUCGGUAUGGGACAGCGCAAGUGCUCAUUGAAGUGGUGGACAGCAACGAUAAUGCCCCUGAGUUUGGGCAGCCCAUCUACAAGGUGCAUAUUCCUGAGAACAGCCCGGUAGGCUCCCUCGUUGUCACUGUUUCUGCCAGCGAUUUAGACAGCGGAAUCUAUGGAAAAAUAUCCUACACACUCUUUCAGCCUUCAGAAGAUAUUAGCAAAACUUUGGAAGUAAAUCCUGUAACAGGAGAAAUUCGACUGAAAAAGCAAGUAGAUUUUGAAACAGUUUUAUCCUAUGAAGUAGACAUCAAGGCCACUGAUGGCGGAGGUCUAUCAGGAAAAUGCACUCUUCUCCUCCAGGUAGUGGAUGUGAAUGACAAUCCUCCAGAAGUGACCAUGUCUGCACUUACCAGUCCAAUCCCAGAGAACUCACCUGAGAUUGUAGUUGCUGUUUUCAGUGUUUCAGAUCCUGACUCUGGGGACAACGGGAAGACCAUUUCCUCUAUCCAGGAUGACCUUCCUUUUCUUCUAAAACCUUCAGUAAAGAACUUUUACACUUUGGUAACAGAGAGAGCACUAGACAGAGAAGAAAGAGCCCAGUACAACAUCACCAUCACCGUCACCGACCUGGGGACCCCCAGGCUGAAAACCCAGCACAACUUAACCGUGACGGUGUCCGACGUCAACGACAACGCCCCCGCCUUCAGCCAAAGCUCCUACACCCUGCGGGUCCGCGAGAACAACAGCCCCGCCCUGCACAUCGGCAGCGUGAGCGCCACCGACAGAGACGCGGGCGCCAACGCCCAGGUCACCUACUCGCUGCUGCUGCCGCCCCACGACCCGCACCUGCCCCUGGCCUCGCUGGUGUCCAUCAACGCGGACAACGGGCAGCUGUUCGCGCUCAGGGCGCUGGAUUACGAGGCGCUGCAGGCGUUCGAGUUCGGCGUGCGCGCGGCCGACCGCGGCUCGCCCGCGCUCAGCAGCCAGGCGCUGGUGCGCGUGCUGGUGGUGGACGACAACGACAACGCGCCCUUCGUGCUGUACCCGCUGCAGAACGGCUCGGCGCCCUGCACCGAGCUGGUGCCCAGGGCGGCCGAGGCGGGCUACCUGGUGACCAAGGUGGUGGCGGUGGACGGCGACUCGGGCCAGAACGCCUGGCUGUCGUACCAGCUGCUCAAGGCCACGGAGCCCGGGCUGUUCGGCGUGUGGGCGCACAACGGCGAGGUGCGCACCGCCCGGCUGCUGAGCGAGCGCGACGCCGUCAAGCACAGGCUGUUGGUGCUGGUCGAGGACAAUGGCGAGCCGCCGCUGUCGGCCAGCGUCACGCUGCACGUGCUGCUGGUGGACGGCUUCUCGCAGCCCUACCUGCCGCUGCCGGACGUGGCGGCGGCCGAGGCCCGGGCCGACCCGCUCACCGUCUACUUGGUCAUCGCCUUGGCGUCGGUGUCGUCGCUCUUCCUGGUGUCGGUGCUGGUGUUCGUGGCGGUGCGGCUGUGCAGGAGGAGCCGGGCGGCGUCGGGGGGCGGCUGCGCGGUGCCCGAGGGCCCGUUUGCGGGCCACCUGGUGGACGUCAGCGGCACGGGGACCCUGUCCCACAGCUACCAGUAUGAGGUGUGUCUGAGGGGAGGCUCAGGGGCCGGUGAGUUCAAGUUCUUGAAGCCGAUUAUCCCUAAUCUGCAGCUUCAGAGCACAGGGAGGGAAGUGGAAGAAAAUUACCCCUUCAGAAAUAGUUUUGGGAUGUAAUUAUUGCUAGGAACCUAUUUAAUAAACACAUUAACUUCUAAUAUUUUUUCUUGAUUAACCAAAUCGUUUAUGCCCACCACCACCAAUGAGGUGUUUAAUUUUCUCUGUUUGGUUCAUCUUCAAUUUCCAAUUUUAUGCCUAACUUCACAAAUUUCCUUUCUCUCAUAUUUUAGCCUAAUGAAGUAUUUUUUCAGUGGAAUACCAAUAAGUGAAAUAGGCUCUACCUUCAAACAUGGUAUCAUUAAUAGUUUUUCCACUUUAUAGAAGUCUUUACUGACUUUGUACUUAUGUGUCUCAUUUUAGUGUUCUAGAACUAGUUCAGUUAUUAAAAUAAUCUGCCUUGAUCUAUGUAUUUAUUAUUUGAUAUUUCUUCUCUUUUCCUUUUAUAACUGGUAGGUUUUUUUUUUUUUUUGGUUUAUCA